UUCCAUUCGGUUUAAUAUAAAAGCAUCGACGUUCUUAGUUGCCGGUACAGUUUGGCUCGAUUAACCGGGCAAAGUAAGUCUUUCGGAUUGAAGCAAGUUGUUGUUGUGAUCAGUGCGCCAGGAUCAGAAGGAUUCUAGCUAGAACGAUGCUGAAGUUCACGAUCAUUGCCAGUUGCCUGGUGGUGGCAGCCGUCUGCUCCGAUGACCUCGUCGGUGCCGAAAGUGGCUGGAGUGGCGGUUGGAGCUCCGGUGGUGGCGGUGGUGGUUAUGGCGGUGGCGGCUAUGGCGGAGGCGGCUACGGUGGCGGCCACGGCGGUGGUGGUGGCUUGGUGAUUGUUUCGUCCAGCAAGGGUUGGCCAUCGUCCGGCGGAUGGAGCCAGGGUGGUGGAGGUUCGGGCUGGAGCCAAGGUGGCGGAUCAGGCUGGAACAAGGGAGGUUCCGGAUGGAACAAGGGCGGAUCCGGAUGGAGCCAAGGUGGUGGUUUGGGAGGAGGCUGGUCCAGCGGAGGUGGUGGUGGUUAUGCCAAAUCGUACAGCAAUCUCCAGUCCGUAAGCAAGGGAUGGCCGUCGUCGGGAUCCUCCGGAUGGUCUUCGGGAGCGUCUGCUUGGCCAUCGAGUGGAGGUGGAUGGUCCGGAAGCGGUAGUGGUUGGAGCAAGGGAGGAGGUGGUGGAUGGCCAAGCUCGUCUGGUUGGAGCUCCGGUGGUAGCCAAGGAUGGUCCGGAGCCGGAAAGGGAUGGAGCUCAGGUGGAUAUGGCAGUGGAAAGGGAUGGUCAAGUGGCGGAUAUGGUGGUGGAAGUGGAUGGUCUUCGGGAGGAAGCAUUGGAGGACAAUCUGGAGGAUGGAGUUCCGGUGGAUCCGGCGGAUGGAAAUGGUAAAACGCAACUACCUCCGAUGUGUCACAAUGUCUUGUGUGUGAAGAAACAAGAAGGCGAGCACUCAUGAAACUGCAUUUGUAUAAACUCAUGUAAAGAAUAACGUUUACGAGGACGUUUGUAUAUUUGUAAAUAUAUGUACUUGAAAACGA